AUGUUGCUGACCUCGACUCGCCUCGCCGUGAGGCUGGCUCAGGUUGCCCGCCCAUUGCCCAUUUUCUCUCGCACAUAUGCCACAACUGAGCCAGAUCUCAAAACGACGCUCAAAGAGGUCAUCCCCGAGAAGAGAGAGCUUUUGAAAAGAGUAAAAGCACGCGGGGAUGAGGUCAUCGGCGAUGUCAAAAUCUCCAAUGUCAUCGGGGGCAUGCGCGGCCUCAAGGCAAUGGUGUGGGAAGGUUCUGUGCUCGACGCCAACGAGGGAAUUCGUUUCCACGGCCGCACCAUCAAAGACUGCCAGCGGGAGCUCCCCAAGGGAACAUCGGGCACUGAGAUGCUUCCCGAGGCCAUGUUUUGGCUGCUAUUGACCGGAAAGGUCCCGUCGACUACGCAGAUCCGUGCUUUCUCUCGAGAACUCGCCGAAAAGUCGUACCUUCCUCAGCAUAUCUUGGACCUCUUCAAGUCGUUCCCCAAGGACAUUCACCCAAUGACGCAGCUUGCCGUCGCCGUGGCGGCUCUUAAUACUGUAUCCAAAUUUGCCAAAGCCUACGAGAAUGGCCUCAACAAAGCUGAAUACUGGGAACCGACUUUCGACGACAGCAUUUCUCUGCUGGCGAAAAUUCCUCGUAUCGCUGCUCUUGUCUUCCGUCCAAAUGAGAUUGAUGCGGUGGCGUCUCAAGAGCUCGACGUGAACCAAGACUGGUCGUACAAUUUUGCGGACCUCCUUGGCAAGGGCGGCAAGCAGAACGAAGACUUCCACGACCUUCUCCGCUUAUACCUUGCCCUUCACGGCGAUCACGAAGGAGGCAACGUUUCUGCUCACGCUACUCAUCUCGUCGGCAGUGCUCUGAGCGACCCAUUCCUCAGCUACAGUGCCGGCCUGCUGGGUCUUGCGGGUCCUCUCCACGGUCUUGCCGCGCAGGAGGUGCUUCGCUGGAUCUUGGCCAUGCAGGGUGACAUUGGCACAAAGUUUAGCGACAAGGAUGUCGAAGACUACCUAUGGAACACACUCAAAUCUGGUCGUGUUGUUCCAGGCUAUGGGCACGGUGUCCUGCGCAAACCAGACCCCCGCUUCGAAGCCCUGAUUGAUUUUGCCUCUACUCGUCCAGAUGUGGUCGCAAACCCGGUGUUCCAGCUUGUCAAAAAAAAUUCUGAGAUAGCGCCUCGUGUGCUGACUGAGCAUGGGAAGACCAAGAAUCCUCACCCUAAUGUUGACGCUGCCUCUGGCGUGCUCUUCCAUCACUAUGGUUUCCAGCAACCAUUAUACUACACUGUGACUUUUGGUGUAAGCCGUGCAUUGGGUCCGCUGGCUCAGCUCAUCUGGAGCAGGGCUCUGGGGUUGCCCAUUGAGCGUCCAAAGUCGAUCAAUUUGAAUUAUUUCUUUGUUUAUUGUGGUAUUUGUGCAUGCCAGCCACACAGUCGGAUUGUUCUCAAAAAGGGAUUGAAUUGGCGAGCCAUCAGCAGUCUUUAUCCCAGCUAUUACCCGUAUAUCAAUAACCUCGGCUUUCCUAGACUACAAUGCAUAUUCAUGCAUCCAUCAUAUGCUCAAGUAGAAAUAUCUUAUUCCGUAGCACCACUUGCUGCCUUCGCAGCAGCAGCAGCCUAUGCCAAUGCGAAAUGGCACAUCGCCAAAGACCUCACAAGCAUAUAUACCGAACGAAAAGCCGAACUGGCAACCAACCGAGCCGCUGCCAACGGCCGUCUCUGCAUUUUCUUCCUCUUCGAGGACAUCGCCACCGCGUAUCCGGACAAGAUUGCCAUCUGGUCGCGCGAGAGAUGCUAUACCUAUCGAGAGACGCUCGCCAUCUCGUCACAGCUGGCGCAUUACUUCCUGUCCAUAGGCGUCCGGCCGGGACAGCUAGUCGGGUUGUAUUCGAUGAACAGUCCCGAAUAUCUGUUUAUUUGGCUCGGUCUGGUGUGCAUUGGAUGCGCCCCAGCGUCUAUCAACUACAACCUCAACGGUGAGUCAUUGAUCCACUGCCUGAAAGUCCCCAAGACGCGGUUUGUGGUUGUAGACGACGAUCACGAAUGUCGUGAGCGCAUCGAGGCGGUUCGCGAGAGACUCGAAGCCGAGCUGGAAAAUACCAUUCUACCUCUCGGCGAGACCAUGAACAAGGCCACGGAGGGAUUCCCUUCGGUACCGCCAGACGAAACGUAUCGGCUGAACGUCAAGGCUUCGUUCCCUUUCAUGCUUAUCUACACGUCAGGCACAACCGGCAUGCCCAAGGGCUGCGCUUACACAACCCGCCGAUUCUAUAUAAGCGUGCGCAAUGUCGGUCCCAAUACAGACCGCUGGUAUUGCUGCAUGCCGCUGUACCACGGCACAGGCGCCGUUUUCACCAUGUUGAAGCUCCUCGGCGGCGUAUCUGUUGCUAUCGGGCGGAAGUUCAGCGCGAGGAACUUCUGGAAUGAUGUGCGCGACUCGGAAUCUACCUGGUUCAUCUAUGUUGGCGAGACGGUGCGCUAUCUGCUUAACAACGCGCGCUCGCCGCGAGACAAAGACCAUAAAGUGGUCGGUAUGCUUGGGAAUGGUCUAAGGCCCGACGUCUGGGAACGGUUUCGCGACCGCUUCGGUGUCGAGCAAGUGAUCGAAUUCUUCAACAGCACGGAAGGUCUGCUGAGUUUGAUAAAUCUGAACCGAGGGCCGUUUACUUCCGGUGCCGUGGGACAUCACGGCUUGUUGUUUCGCUAUCGUCUCCGGAACGUAUACGUCCCUGUUGCCAUCGACUACGAGACGGGGGAUAUAUGGCGAGACCCGCAAACGGGGUUCGCAAAACGCCAGCCGUAUGAAGAAGGGGGCGAGAUUCUUGUUGCUAUUCCCGGCAAGGCGGCGUUUCAGGGGUACUGGGACAACGACGCAGCGACGGAGAAGAAAUUCGCAAAAGAUGUGUUCGAAAAGGGGGAUCUGUAUUAUCGCUCGGGCGAUGCGUUGCGUCGCACGAGUGAUGGGCGGUGGUAUUUCAUGGAUCGAUUGGGGGAUACGUUUCGCUGGAAGAGCGAGAAUGUGUCGACGGCUGAAGUCGCGGAGGUGUUGGGCCAGUUCCCUGGGAUCACGGAGGCGAAUGUGUAUGGAGUGCUGGUUCCGAAUCACGAGGGAAGAGCUGGAUGUGCUGCAAUUCAGGUUUCUACUUCAGAUAUUAACUGGAGUGACUUGGAGCUCUAG